AACAUUUGUCUUAACCCAGAGACCCUGUGCUUCUGCUGUGCGUAAGGCGAGAGGGUGAUGCGGAGUGCGAGCUGCGGGAGAGGAUGAUCAUUGGAGUUGGCAGCCUGGAGGUGCUUGCUGCCUUUCUCCAGCUGGUUUAUGCUGCUCCUCUGCCUCCCUUGAGGGAUUAGAGCAAGCAGGAACCAGUGCGUUUCUCCAGGCUUCUGCACAGGAGUUUCUUUCUCGCUUUGCUCUGGGGAAGGCUCCUCAGUGGAAAGAGGCAACAUCACCUGUUUCCUCAGCUCAGCAUCUGCUGCUCAUCCCUGAUGUCCGGCUGCUUCCAAGGUAUAGGUUCCAGACACUGGAAGGAAGGGAAACAGCUCCAGCUGGUUUUGACAGGUGUUCAUCUCGGUGGGGCCACGCUGACCAUGCUCAGGAGCUUCUGUCUCCAGCUCAUGUCCUUGGUUUGGAUUCUCUUGGCCCAUCACCAACUUGCCCAUGGUGAUGACUGCAGCGAGCGCUGUAAUCUUGCCCACGGCUGCUGCGACCAGGAUGGGAAGUGCAGGUGUGACCCAGGCUGGGAGGGCGAGUACUGCGAGGACUGCGUGCGUAUGCCGGGGUGUCUCCAUGGGACAUGCCACCAGCCUUGGCAGUGCAUCUGUCACACCGGAUGGGCCGGCAAGUUCUGUGACAAAGACAUACACAUCUGCGAACACCAGUCCCCCCCGUGCCAGAACGGGGCUCAGUGCAUCUACGAUCGAGACGGGGAGUAUUCUUGCCUGUGUCCCGAAGGCUUCCAUGGGAAGGACUGUGAGAUGAAGACGGGGCCAUGUGAGAAGGCAGGGUCUCCAUGCAAGAACGGGGGGCAGUGUCAAGAUGAAAACGGCUUUGCCAGCAACUUCACGUGCCGGUGCCUGGCUGGCUUCAUGGGGGCUUUCUGCGAGAAGGACGUGGAUGACUGCCUGAUGCGUCCCUGUGCCAAUGGUGCCACCUGCCACGACGGCAUCAACCGCUUCUCCUGCCAGUGCCAGGUGGGCUUCGAAGGGCGUUUCUGCACCAUCAACAUCAACGACUGCGCCAGCCAGCCAUGCAAGAACGGGGCCAAGUGCUACGACCGCAUCAAUGACUAUGACUGCUUGUGUCCUGACCGCUUCACUGGCAAAACCUGCGAGAUCCCCGUCCCCGAGCCCACCUGGGCUCCCCCCUACCACCCUGUGAACCACGACAGCAGCGGAGCUGUGAAAAGCACCACCAGCGAGAUGCCGGGGGUGACGCAGCCGGAGCCUGUCAGGACCGCGGUCACAGGGCGGCGUGUGGGCAACCACAGUGAGAAAGAGCCGGGGGGAGGGUUGUUGAAAAUCUCUGUGAAGGAGGUGGUGACCCAAAGGGACUCGGGGCUGAGCGAAGCCCAGCUGGUGACAGUGCUGGUGUUCGGGGUGCUGACAGCGGUGCUAGUCCUCAUCACCGUCCUGCUCCUGCUGAGGAACUGGCAAAGGGGCCGCCAGAGGUCAAACUGGUGCCAAAGCCCUUCCCAGGCUGAGAGGAAGCUGCAUGACCAGGAGUGUCAGGUGGGCAUGCUCAACACCGUCCUGAUCGAGCCCAGGAAGACAACAGAGCUGUGAGCUGGGAGGACAAUGAGCUGGGCCCUGGCACCAACCCCUUUGAACUGCACCUUGGGGAGCUGCGCCAGCACAAGGUGGGCAGCAGGGAAGGGCUCCCAGGGCAGCAAAUGCAUACACAAGUCCCCUGGGCAUCCAGCACUGGUGUGAUGGCGCUGCCUGGGUCUGAGCUGUGUGCUCAGACAGCACCCCAUGGGCACCUGAAAGCAGGGCUGCGAUGGGCGAGCCCUGCAGGGGAGCAGUGACAUGCUGCUUGCAGCAGCCCGUGCCAUGCGGUGCCGGUAUCGUCCACUGUGCGCCCUCAGAAACAGGACAGGGAGUGCAGAGAGGGCACAGCCUUCUUGCAAACCCGAAUUCUGCCAGGCCCUUUGUAACGUCUCUCUGUGACUAUAGGAAGAGGGCUUUGUCCUAAUUUCCAUUGGUACUGGGGUAUUUCUUCUGGGGCCUUCAGGACGAUUGUGGCUGCACAGGCCUCCUGCCCCAGUACUGGAAGGGGUGGCUCAGCUGUUUCUGGAGGCUGUCAUUUCAGAUGCCAUGUCCCUAUGGAGUGAGCAAACACCUUCCUUCCUUGGCCUUGUGGUUCUCUGAGCCAGUUCAAAGACACUCUGGAGAUCAUUUGGCGUCCCCUCAUGCCCUUCUGCCCUGGGUGAUGUCCCCUCCUCUUGCUCUCAGACUUGGGGUUACAAACACUUUCUGUACUUUCCUGCUGAUGAUCCAGCGAUCUUCUUGCCCCGACUUACUGAGCUGUCCUUUUGGGUCUGGCCACAAAUGACCAAGCUCCUUGCCCACCCCAGUGUGCACUUCUGCCUCACCAUUUUCAGGCAACGGGGAGCACGGCCUGCUCCCUUCUGGGGUCCUCCAGGCCUGAGCUGGUCCUUCUCAUAUGCCCUCACAGGUGAAACUGGAGAUGGACAAGGCUGGAGACGUGCUGUGGCAGGUUAAGUAGCAAUAUAAGAUCCAGAUCGUCCUUUUUUGUCCCAGUUGCUCCAAGACAGGCAGCUCAAAUCAGCCAUUGUAGUGUUUCUUGAUACAGCAAAGAACUCCCCACAGUGGAUGUGAGGACAGGCCACCGAGCCUAAGGAUGACCACAGGUAGCAUAAGAUACUGCCUUCAUCACUGCUAAAGCACAGCUAAGAGGCAGUAAGUAGAUGGCCAGGUCACCUGGCCCUUGUACUAGGUCUGCUCCUGCCUGCACUGUUCUGCAUGUAUGCAGCAAUGUCCCUGUCAGGGCCAGGGCUUUCUGAGCCUCCACACGGGCAUGAAGAGCUAAGCAGUGGGGUGAAAACAACCCCACAACGCAAACCCUGCUACUGGCCUGUAGGGUUGCAGAGCUGGGUUCAAGAUGUGUGAAGGGAGCAGACAGAGGACUGAGCACUCAGCCAGGAGGGAGACCUGGGAGAGGCGACUGGGGCUUCAUCAGAAAGAUUAUAUUUUUAAUACAUGGAUGGAUGAUGUACCUUUAUCAAAUAAAACAAAUACAAGCCCAGAAA